CGAGUUCAACGAUUGGAGUUUUGGGAAAACUACAUCGAGACCAACGAGCUACUCAUCGAACGCGAUGAAGCGUUAAGUGCGUCCACGGAGGAGGCAGCGGCAGCGAGGACUGCUACGUCAAAACAAGGUAAGAUCAAAUUACCGUCAGUGUGUUUACCCACCUUAAGUGAAAAGUUAUUUACGUCACUUGUAGACGCUUGUAUAUUUGAUGCAGGAAAAUAUUAAUGUGUGUGUGUGUCACCACAAGGUAAGGCGCUGUCAGUGAUACAGCACCUGCCGUUAGGCGGCGCUAGUUAUAAUGUAGCAUUAGGACUGUUGCACAAGAGAUGUUAUGACAGUAGGUUGUUUAUAGAUACCUACACCGAGCGGACCCUCAGUCUGCCAUCAGUGAAGCAUUGGAAUGCCGAUAUGAGGUCUGCCUACUAUGACCCGCCGCGGGAAUCAUUACAAGCGCUGGAGAAGCUUAGCCAGCCAGUCAGUUCAUGGUCAUAUCUGAUAAUUAACUCAAUGUUACAGAAACGAUCGGCUUGGAUCCACAAACUGUUCAAGGAGCAGCAUGGAAAGAACCUGGAGGUGCUGCCCACGACCAAGCAGUUGCUGGAACUGCUGGAUAAGCAGUGCAGAGGAUGGCAAGCAGUGCCAACUGCAGCGGAGGAGCUGCGGACCGCGCAGUGCGGCCCGGCCCCUGCCCGAGGUCGACCCGGAGCAGCGGGGCAUUCUUCAAGGAAGAAGGUCCGCGCGGCGGAACAGAACCAUGAACAGGUGAACGUACCUCAGUUAUUUUACUCAUACUGCUCGAGUUCAGAAUGUCAGUCGUCAGGGCACGACUCACCAUGCGACGGAGGUGCAGCGAGGCGAACACCCCCUAUGACAGGAGAGUCAACUAAGCAUAGUGUGCGGGUAUCGCCACCAACCAUGCCGAGGGUGUCAGGCAUGACAAGCACAGUUGUAAAGAGAUCAUUUGUAGAUAAAUAUCACUUGCACCAACAGUGUAUUGGAAAUAAUAUUCAUGAUACAGGGAUGAAUGUGCCAGGCACAGUCACAGGGAUUUUAGUCAGACCUAGGGUAAAUGUACCAGUCAUUGAAGAGGUGACUACAACCAUGUAUCAAGUCAUGGGAAACAUACCCUACUGUAACCAAGGAUUAGAAGUUCAUUUAAGUUCAUCAAAGCUACGGUUAGCUAAAGGUUAUUUCAACAAGGAUCAAUAUAUGGACAUCAUGCAAGGACUUGAUGUAAUAAAUUAUAUGCUCGCUGGUUCAAAGAUGUUCACUAACAUUCCAGGAGUUGAGGCCUACGACACGGUCGUCAGGCAGGUCAUCAUGAGAGUGGUGCAGAUGCACGCAUCAUCAUCAUCAUUGGUUCAAGCAAGAGAGACUUCAGUAGAGGACUACGGUCUCCACCACGCGACUCAAGGAGUCCCGGAGAGGUUCUGGAAGGCGGAGCAGCCCCCGGUGAAGAAACGGGAAUAACCAGAAUACCUACAUAGGAUACUCAAGGUCGUAUUCUUCCAUUAUUAAAUAUGUCAUGAUCAAUGGUACGUCUGCCACGGAGGGCAGACAGACCCAGGCUGGGCGGACAACAACGCUUGUCAUGCACGGACUCAUUUCAUUGGAAGCCGAAACGGCUGUGAGAUUCAAGUAUUUGCGGAAAAUACAAGGAAUUCGAAUAUGAGGCACUUGGUUGCAUGUCAAGGAUAUUCAUCAGUGUCUCACAGGUUCUGCGAGUCAGCGAUACACUGGAUGAACUGGCGACGCUGCUAGUCAUUGGAUCAAGUAUGUACAAUGGAUUCAUACAAGAAGGAAUGUGUAUUGUUGAAACGAGAAAAGGAUUGUUUCAAAACGCGGGGUUUUCAGAGAGGAAAAUCAUUUGGUGCUCGGAGUCAUAAUCCAAAUAACCUUGAAAUGUAAUUUAGCGCGAUAGUGUGUUUAAAUUGUGUAGAACACAUUUAUUAAUUUUCUAUACGUUGAUUCUUGGAGUAAUGAGAAUUACUUAGUUUAAUGAAUGUUUAUGUUUCUGACGUAUAAUGUAUAUGUGCAAUAUCAAUGAAUAUGAAUAUAAGGAUCAUAGGUAGACUCAAUUGCUGACGUAGCAUUGUCAUUGAGCCCAUUGUAUCGCGUCGGGGAGCGCAUUCAUUAAUGUUAUGUGUCGGAGGUAUUGGAUACCUGCAGCAGGACCAAACAUCUCUCACGUCAAAUGCGAUUAUAUGUAGUAAGUCGUAUUUAAUUUUAUAGUCUUACGGGAUUAGCGACGGAGUUCGCUGGUCUUAAUUAGUUAAAGCUUACCUGUGUAAUUUUAUAUGUUUAUUAGGUACGAAGCAGUACACCUCAGGCUAGUGUCGUCACUGAGCAUCGAGGCAGUCAUGCAGAUUUCUCCAGGUUUGUCAGCCGACGCAGGUGCCGGCUCGGCCGGAGCGAAUAAGGUACGAAUUGCAAGUAAUAACUCAUACCUCACGGAGGUUGAUCAAGUCUUACUUGGUAGCGAAAUGAUCCUAUAGAGGAAUUUCGUCGUCAAGGUACCCGUUGGGAAUUCAAACCCAGGCCCUGGUGUAGCUACCAGAGCGUCUGAGGAACGACACUUAGAAGUUAACUGUCUUGUUUCCAAUUUAUUCAAUAUUUGUGUUAAUAUUCAAUAAGUUUAAUAAGACUUUGAUCAAAUGGCAAUUGAUGUAACUAUAGGUUGUAAAUUAGAGUUUAAUAGUAUAAGCAUGUUGUAAUGUCAAACUAACUGAUUUAGUUCUCAUCAUAAGGAUGAAUUUUACCUAACUAUGCCCGGCAUAGAAAUCUUGAUUUUACCUGUAGCCAGGAUCAGAUCAUAUUUGUGUCAAUUUGUGGAAUGGAAGGCUUAUGUCGGAGAAGCUAUCCGACCCAUGGUCAAUAUGUAAGUCGCUUACGCAGAUUUAAUUCAUGUUACUUGACAUAUGCAAUUUAUUGGAAAAUGGUUGUCGUAGGGUCAUUGACCUGUGGGAGUCACUGACCUACAUUCUGUACAUAGGUUUCAUUUUAUAUAUGCAUGUGUUAUUCAUUAGGGAAUGAA